GGGGCGCGCUCGUCUUGGGCCCUGAGCGCGCUCCCGAGCCAACGAGGAACUGCUGCUGGUGCUGCUCGGCUGCUGCUUCUCUUUGAUUAUUAUUAUUAUUUUUGGGGUCUCCAAGAAGAGAAGAGGCCAGACCAGAGCCAAGGGGCUUUUCAAUGGAGGAGCAGCACUCUCUCCCUUCUUCCUCCUCCUCCUCCUCCUCCUCUUCUUCCUCUGCAUCGCACCACCACCCCCAUCAUCCCCACCACCACCACCAUCACCACCACCACCACUACUAUUACUACAACCACAACCACCACCAGCACCAUCAGCAUUACGAAGCAGCAGCAGGAGGAGGAGGAGGAGGAGGCGGCAAUGGGAAGCAGCCUUUGGCCCCACAGAGGAACCCCAAAAACGAGCCCAGGAACGGAGGAAGUGGGGGGACCUUUGGGGCAAACCCCCAGGCAACGCAGGAGACGACCCGAAGGAGAACAGGCUACGGUGAGCUGAACGGAAACGCUGGGGAGAGGGAAUGCUCCCUGAAAGGCCUGAAUGCCGGUGAUGUGUCCGGUCCGAUUUCUAGGGUCACCAAUGGCAGUCAAGGAGACACUACUUUCACCCUGAAACCGAUGGCGAAAGGCGUCCCUUUUGGGAAACCGGGGCUCAAGCCUAAGGGCUUCCUUCCAAAAGCGGGCAUGGACAAGAAGAGCGAGAAAUGUUACGAGAGCAAGGCGCGGGAGGAGAAGUCGGAGGUGGUUUCGAUCCCGAACGGCGUUGUGACGAACACUUCCUGCUACAUCACCAACGGUUACGCCGGCAAAGGGGCCGACAAUGAUGGCAGUGGGUCAGAGAGUGGCUACACGACCCCCAAGAAGCGGAAGGGACGCCACAACAGCAUCAAGGGCUGCGAGAGCUUGGAAAAGAUAGCUCCGCAGGACCCUCCGGUUGUGCCGGAGCCGGAAGGCUUCAAACCCGAUGGCGAUGGGGAUACAAAAGCAGGGAGUCACAUUGAGGGACUAAAGCCGGCGUGGAAAUGCGAGGGGGCCACUAUGGGGAUGGGACGCGGCAAGCCAGGCACAGUGGAGGUGCCGAGGAAGAACUCGGACACCAAAGUUGGCAUUGUGGGCAAGAAGUUCGAGGAGCGGCCCAAGGGGAAGCCCGUCUCGGCCUCAAAAGAGGACUCCUGGACCCUCUUCAAGCCGCCACCCGUUUUCCCCGUUGACAACAGCAGCGCCAAGAUCGUCCCGAAGAUCAGUUAUGCCAGCAAGGUGAAGGAGAACCUGAAUAAGUCCGCACAGAACCCCACGUCGUCCCUGUCGUCGUCCUCCUCCUCUUCUUCGUCAUCUUCCUCUUCUUCCUCUUUGUGUUUAUCAUCCGCCACAGACGGGCCGCUCCCGACUCCCAACCGCCUCUCCCAAGUCCCCAUGUCUGCCAUGAAAUCGGUCACUUCGGUCAACUUCUCCAACGGGCCGGUUCUCGCGGGUGCUGACAGGGGCGUCUCGUGUCCGGCGGGGACCCAAUCGCUGCUCGUUCCCGCGUCCGGCGCCCUCUUAUUCACCCCUUCUGAGUCGGUGCCCCCUGACACGGCGUUGGGCGAACCCAAGCCGAGCCUUUUAAUCUACCCGUCGAAUAUGCAAGCCCUCCUCCUCGAUGCCGCAAGCCGAGCCGAGUCUGCUUCUUUCCAGGGCCACCUACAGCAGAAUCUGGGGGACAUUUUCCAGAACAAGUGGGGCCUGUCGUUUAUCAACGAGCCCAGCGUGGGGCCGGAGAAGCCGGCGGAGGGUCAGGCCCCAGAGGUGACAUUUCAAGGGGAGUUCCCCGGCACUUUGGCCGCUCCGACGGGGCCCAACCCACCGCCCGCCUUCCCCAAGGCUUACGAAUUGGACAAACGGACUUGUCCGCCGCCGCUCCUGAACAGUAUCCUCAAGCUGGGGACACCUGGCGAUGGAGGCGGCGGAGGCGGCUUCUUUUUGGACUCCCAUCCUCCGGGGGGACCACGCCUGGCCGACCUGGGGGGCCCCAGCGGGCCCUUUGUCUUUCUUGCCAAGGACUGCCACGUCGAGAACCGGCUGGCUUCCCCUACGAACAAUUUGUUAGCCUCCGCCAAAGAACAGAGGUACCCGAGAGGCCUAGAACGGAAAGAGAGUUGGGGCGACUUCGACCUGCGGGCCGCCGUUCUAUAUCAUACUCAAGAAAUGGAAUCUCUUUGUAAUUUGCAAAAACAAGAUCCCAAAAGGAUAAUCACGUACGACGAAGCCAUGGAUCGCCCAAAUCAAUGAGAGAAAGAGAAAGCCUCACCCGUCGCAUCGGCCCCAAUCGGGUGCCAUGGCCGCCAGAGCAACCUUUGGGGCGACGGCGGCCAAAGGAACCUCGAACUAGGAUAAUAUAUACAAAUGUAUCCAUAUAUAUAUAUAUAUCGGAAUAUAUAUAUAUGAAUGAGUUACUUAAAAAAAAUAAUAACAAUGGACUCUGGGCAUCAGGAGACGGCAUUGGCAGAGACUCCCUUUACGCAGUUUAUUUAAAGCCUUCGGUCCUCGCUUCUUUCCUCCCUCCAUGGCUUUCUCUUUCUGUUGAUCCCGUCUAUAUUUUGAAUAUAUUUCCCACCCUCCAAAAAAAAAAAACCAACGUUCUGCCAGUCGGUUCUGGACACUGUCGAGAUUAUUUUUUUCUUUUUUCGCUGGGAUUCUGCAAUCGUCGGUAACACACUAAUCGCAAGCAAACGAGGACAAGAUCCUUCUCUUUUCAGCUGCCGGGAUCCUCAAAAGAAAAAGGAGUUGGAAGGGUAGACUUUGCAGGGUUGUCGUAUGUCGUUUCUCCUUCCUUCUGUCAUUUUCCAGAUCGGGAGAAGAUGUCGGUCUUAAAACACUCAUUUCAUCUCUCUUUUUGCACCUUCUCUCAAAUGAAUCCAAAAUGCGAAAUAUGGACCUAGAUGGCCCCGGUUUCGGGGUCGGAAGGGGAAAAUGGUCAUCUUCAAAUAUAUCCUGCCAUAUUUGCACCAUGUCUUGUUUCUCCCGACAGAAAGUCUCGACUUAAGUCACUUCCCGUUUGGGAAAAUUUCCGGGGAACACAAAACUUCUCCUGUGGACUUUGGUUCCUUCCCGUGAGACCUCUCCUUAGACCUAAGAUUGAUAUUUAGAUGCAAAAUAAUUAAAAUGAAUUUAUUUUCAGUCUACGAGCUCCGCCAUCCCCACCCCGAUGAACCCACCUCUGGUCUAGAUUCGGAACGUUUUUAUUUUUGGCUCAAUAUUCAGGGUUGUUCGGAUGUCAGUUUGUGUGUUUGUCCUUUUCCCAUCUCCGCUCAUUGUAUUUCUGGAAGCAAGCAAAACAGACAAAAAAAAAUUAGAUAUUCAAGUCCAGGUUGAGUCUCCGUCGUCCGAAGUGUUUGGGAUUUUGGAAUAUUGAUGCAUGAACGUAUGAUAUAUCUAGAUAUAUUAUACCCAUGCAUUCUUUUACUUGAAGUUGAGUCCCUUGUCAAGGCAUAUUUCAGGUUUAAGCUUCUAUGUGUUUGCAAGAAAACGAGAAAGGGGUAAAUAUUUGUCUCCUUGAGGUUGUGCGAGUCCGUUUUGCGUGUCUGGUUUGUGGGUUGAAAACGCACCUCUCGACCCACAAAGGUGCAUCACUCUGUGUCUUAAAGCUUAGAUCAUCUUGAAUUUGGAGCCUCGAAUCGGACGUUGGCUCGUUGUCCUCAGCGUUGUAUGCCUUUUUCACCCACAAAGCCUCGCCUGAGAGCAAGACCAGGGUGAAGAAGGGCCAACGGGGUGCUAAACCUUAGAUCUAAAGUAUAAACGGUUUGUGUAAUCCGCUCCGAGGCUUGUGGUGGGCCCUUGAUGUGGUCCCUCGGGUCGUAUUUUACAUUUUGGCCUCUUUUCAUGUUGGGCUCUCUUACUUAUCCAUGAAGUCUCAUUCGCUGGGCUUGGCUUUUGGGGAGCAUUUGGAGCGUUCAAAUUUGAGCCGCCUUUGCCUGCUUUUCGUCAAGGUGCAUUGGCUUUGCUUUUAGACCUGGCUUUAGUGCUUGUAGGCCUGGCUUUGAUUCGUUUAGAUCCAGUUUUGGUUCUUUUCGGCCCGGCUUUGGUUUUUUUUUAACCCGGAUUUCCUCCUUUUAGGCCUGGCUUGAGUACUUUUAGACUCGGCAUUGGUUCUUUCAGGCCUGGCUUUGAUUCGUUUAGAUCCAGUUUUGGUUCUUUUAGGCCCGGCUUUGGUUUUAUUUAAACCCAGAUUUCCUUCUUUUAGGCCUGGCUUGAGUACUUCUAGACUCAGUUCUUUUAGACUCAGCAUUGGUUCUUUCAGGCCUGGCUUUGAUUCGUCCAGAUCUCGUUUUGGUUCUUUUAGGCCCAGCUUUGGUUUUUAGACCCGGAUUUUUAGACCCGGAUUUCCUUCUUUUAGGCCUGGCUUGAGUACUUUUAGACUCGGCAUUGGUUCUUUGAGACCUGGCUUGAGUUCUUUCAGGCCUGGCUCCAGUUCUUUUAGACUCGGCAUUGGUUCUUUGAGACCUGGCUUGAGUUCUUUCAGGCCUGGUUCCGGUUCUUUUAGACUCGACAUUGGUUCUUUCAGGCCUGGCUCCAGUUCUUUCAGGCCUGGCUUUGAUUCGUCUAGAUCCAGUAUUGCUUCUUUUAGGCCCAGCUUAGGUUCUUUUAAGACCCAGAUUUCAUUAUUUUAGGCCUGGCUUGAGUUCUUUCAGGCCCGGCUUUGGUUCUUUUAGACUCGGCAUUGGUUCUUCAAGGCCUGGCUUGAGUUCUUUUAGACCCGGCUUUAGUUCUCAUCGCAAAAUCCUCCCCAUUUGAACCUUGCUGAAAUCAAUGGUGUGGGUAAAAGACAAACCUCUCAUCCCUUAAGCUUGAUAUUUUCGUGAGUUAAAUGGUGAGAAAUCCAAGCUUGGCUUCCUUCUGUUUUGUUGUUCCCCUUCCUUGGGUCUGAAUGGGCUGGCAUUUGUGUGUGUGUUUGUGUGCAAGAAAAGGCAUAGAUCCGAGUUCAAGUCUCAGAACCCCUUCUUUUCCCUAAACCCUCCAACCAUUGAAAAGCUUCAUUCUGAAUUCUCUCUCCCUUUUGCAACGGUUCUCUGACCUUUUCAGCUAUCCCGCUGCCCCCCCCCAAAUCUAUUUUAUAUUUUAAUGAAAGAUAUAAAACUUUUAAAAAGAGACGGAGAGAGAUGUGUGUAGAACAAAUAAAUUAAAAAGAGAGAGAGAUGCUACAUGAUGUAAAUUGUUGAAUAAACAUUAUAAGUUUC